CACUAGUCCUUCUCAUUCUCCACAUUCACCAUGGCUUCCAAGGCUGCUCACAAACGACUGACUAAGGAGUAUAUGACCAUGCAGAGAGAUCCACCGCCGUUUGUAUGGGCGGCACCGGAAGAAAGCAACAUUUUGACCUGGAACUACAUUAUCCGCGGACCACCCGACUCUCCUUUUGCCGGUGGCGAAUACCAUGGUGUCCUUCUCUUCCCAUCUGAGUAUCCGUUCAAGCCGCCAGGCAUCAAGAUGCUGACGCCCUCGGGUCGAUUCCAACCGGAUAAGAAGAUCUGCUUCUCCAUGUCUGACUUCCACCCGGGAACUUGGAACCCCGCCUGGAGCGUUUCAACAAUAUUGACUGGGCUGUUGUCUUUCAUGCUCUCAGACGAGAUGACCACGGGGUCUGUUACUACCACGGACGCAGAUAAGCGCCUGUAUGCCGCGCGGAGCCACUCGUGGAAUGUGAGCCAGCGGAGAUUUAAGGAUGCGUUCCCUGAGGUCAGUAAGAUUUAUCUGCGCGUAAGACCUGCAUAUCCUGCUGCGGCCGCUCUUUCGCCUUAUUUUGAGCCCGGAGGUUUUGCAAUCGCCGCAUCGCUUAGGCGCCCUUCAGGCGUAGCACUGCCCGGUGAUCAUGGGAAACGGGAUUGUGAUAUGGCUAUAUAUCUAUAGCGGGUUUUUCAUGUGUACUGAUAUAUUCACCCAGCAUUGCACUCCGACUCUUCGCGACUUGCCGAACAUGGGCGAGAAGGAAUGCGGGCGCACUCCUCAGCCAUCCUCAACGGCUC